CCCUGGCCCAGCAUUGUCUAAGUCCACAGGGAGGAAGCAGAGGGGAGCUCUGCUUAGUCCAUUCCUCUGUUUCAGGUACUCUACUUCUCUUUAGCAAUUGUGGGGCAGAUGAAAGAAGCUUCUAGAGCUUGUUGGGAUGGAGGAGGAUGAAGUACAUUCAAUAUCCCCAAUGUCCUGCAUUUAUGGGACCACAGCACCACUCCCCCUUCAGCCAAGAUACUAGGGGUGAGACAACUGUGCCAUCCAGGGGAAUGGAGAAAUGGUGUUACUGGCAAACUCCCUUCCACCUAAAGCUCCGUGGAUUCUUUAUCUGUUUCCAGACUAUUUAAAUCUUCUCCUCUUCCCACAUAAUGUUUCCCUUUCCUAAUCCUUGAUUUGGCUCCUAGCUAAUUAUUGACAUUCCUAGCUCUUUGCUGUGCAAAACAGAAGAAAAGGGGGAGGGAGGCACACAAAGCUAUCUCUCCGAAACCUGAAUCUUUGUAAUUGUGUUUCAGGUGACAUCAUUCUUCACCCUCCAAGAGGCAGCAAACGGCAUUCAGUAAAGCCAACAUUCUCCUACAUUUGAAUGGAGGGUGAUUUUUUUCAGCUGCUGUACCCAAGAGUUCACUUCUUCUAUUUUUAGCAAGCUUGAAAAUAAUUAUUAGUAUUAUUUUUAUCACAAUGGCUGCCCAUUGCUGUUAAGAUCCCCAAACAAUUAUGGCCCAAAGAAUAACGGCCAAAUUCCACUCAUUUAAAAGAAAGAAAGAAAAAAAAAAAAGAUAAGCCCAAUAAAAGCAAACACCAGCACUACCACCCUAGUCUUUAGCCUUUGGAUCCCUACCUAUUCUCCUGCCAAUCUUACUAUCCACGGAUCCCUAAGCCAGUCUCACCAUGGUAUGACAACACUAUGCAACCAAGAUGAGCACUAAAUACUGGCUCCUAGUGAACUAAACAGAAAAUUAAUCCUUAUUGAUACUAGGACACAUUGGGGCCCUCUAGAAUUUGGUGGUUCCACCAUGCUGCACACAACAGCCACUUGGAACUUUCCAAUGACAAUAGGGAUAAACCAUAUUUCUUCUCCUCAUUUAGAGUAUGACACAAACCAUUAGUUACACAGUUCUGAUUCCAUCCAGUAGAGGGCAGUGAUCCACAUCUACACUAGCCAAUAUGUUAAAAUACAGUCCCAGCACCUGAUUUCUUAAUGAUAGAGGCAGCCUUUGUGUACUUUCCCAUUAGGUUCUUCAUGGCAUCACAUUAGUCCAGUGUUUCCUGGCUGACCAUGUUGAUUGUCAAGACUCUUUGACAAUGCCUGUGCCAAAUGACUCCUGAUAAUGUCGUUAGGUGCUGAGCUGAGCGCUCCUGCGACCGCUUCCGUCGCCGAGGUUCGUCCUUCUAGCGCCACCUGGCCGCUGCGCAGGGCCAAGCGCUGCUCCUGCUCCACCUUGAUGGAUAAGGAGUGUGUCUACUUCUGCCACCUCGAUAUCAUCUGGGUCAACACCCCGGAGCGGACUGUGCCAUAUGGGCUUGGUGGCCCUUCUCGAUCAAGACGGUCUCUGGGAGAUACAGCCCCUCGGAAGCAACCAGAAUCUAGCAAGAGAUGCCGAUGUGCCCACCAAAAAGACAAGAGGUGUCUGAACUUCUGCCAGAUAGGAAAAGAACUCUGGGUUCAGUCCACAAUGGAGAAGGGCUGGGAUCAUCUUAACAAAGGUGAAGAUUGCAUGGCACGCGGACUGAAGUGUGUGCAUAGGCAACUCCUUAACAGCAGGAAAAUGAGAAGACUAGAAGCCAUUGGUAACAGUAUCAAAGCUUCCUUCAGUAUCGCAAAGUUAAAGGCUGCACUCCAUGAAGUGAAGAGGCUGAAGCAUAACAGAACACAUAAAAGACAAAGCAUCUGGGAAAGUCUGAAAACAACUUCUUAGUGGGGAGAUUACCAACCCUAACCAUCCUCCAUUGACAAUAACUGAUAGAGCAUUGCCGAAGUUCUUUUGAUUUUCACAUUCCACGUGGCAAAGGCAUGUUAUCCUAAAUAUUAAGCCACUCACCCACAAAAAAAGAUAGGUAGAAGAGAACCUAAAGAAAUCUUGUAUUUGGACAAGGAAAAGCAAUAAAGACCUAGUAGGUCAUCCUUCUGGAAUCCAAUUGGAUGUGUUACAUUAACAAACAUUGAUUGACAACCGUCUGUCAGGAGAAGAAAGUGAACAUUUGAAUGUUGCUUCUGAAAAGAAUGUGUAAAAUGGAGUGGUGUUGAUCAGUUUGGCAGAUUUCAGGGAGAAAAAUAAAAGACUAAUGCCAAAAGAUGAUGCAAGGAAUACCUGAUACAGAAACUCCUAAAAAGAAGAGAAAUCAAGAUUUGAAAGGAGAGACUAUUUUUUUUACUUAUUAAUUAAAACAGAAAGUGAAUGACACUGUGCUACUUUAAUCAGCACUCAUUGCAUAGAUACAAGUCUACCUCACAUACUGUAUGUUGCACUCCUGCCAAAGUAUUUUUACAAAGUAUUGCCUUUACUUAUCAACCACAACCCUUUGCCUUUUUCAGCAGUCUAGUUUACUAGUACAAUCACAGUUAUCUGAACGGCGGGGCAGACAUUGUGCUUGUUUGGCUAACCAAGGUUUUGGAUAAUGAAAGGAAUUUUCUACAUAAAUAAUAGACAACAGGGGACAUGAUCUUGUUUAACAUAAUAGGGAGAUUUGGACAACUGAAGGUCUAAUAAUAGGGGUUGUACUGUAUUGCAGGUUGCCAAUAAUCCACUGACCCUGAUGUGUAACAGAAAGUGUUGCUAGAUCAAGGAUUUCUUCAGCGUUUGUCUGAUGUAAAUGUGUGGAGACAGAGGGUUGUUUAAUAUGAAACCAAAAGGCUAAUAUUGGGUGACUGUUUAUAGCAGUGAAUUUACUCACAUUAUUAAAUUUGCUGACUGAGGUCUGAUGGAAUUUUAUGAUGUGCUUAUUUUUUUAACAAAUAUUUAUGUCCCUACAAAUUAUUCAUUUAUAUUUACCAUGUUGAAUAUACAUUGGAACGGGCCAUAUUGGUCUAUGCAUGUUUUAUGUAUUUCUGUGUGAAAUCGGGAAAUGCUUUGUGCCUGUCAAGGUAAAUAUCUUUAGAAAUAAAUAUUUUUAACUACUGUA